AUGGAACUGAAGGACAUGGGAAGGAUGGUGAAGGGUCGAAGGGAGAAAAAAGGAAAGAUUAGAAGACUAAUUGUUGUCAGGAAGAUUGAUAUUGUUCUUCUCCCAAGAGACGAAGUGGGGGAUGGUUGUAGGGUAAGAUUUUGGGAGGAUAUGUGGUGUGACAGCUACUGUUUGAGAGUUGAAUUUCCUAGAUUGUUCAGCUUGUUAAAGGAAAAGAAAGGAGCACUUAGAUUGUUUGCUGAUCUAAAAGCAAUCUCAGGGGAGUGGAAUUUAUCAUUUAGAAGAGAGUUGCUUGAAUGGGAAAGAGCGGAUUUGCUGAUAUUGGUUUCUGUUAUCUCAUCUAGCCCUUUAAUUAGUUUGGAGAUCAUUGAUUACCCAAAGUGGACAGCCACAUCAUCAGGUCUCUUUUCAGUAGCUUCAAUGUACAAGCUCUGUUCAAGUGGUGUUGGAAAUCAUCAGAGUGCUAAUAGAAUGCUUUGGAAUAAGGUUUUACCCCCUAAAGUCCAAUUUUUUGGUUGGCUUGCUUGGAAGCAUAAGGUUAAGACCUCUGUGUUCCUUCAGACAAUUGGGGUCUUGUCUGGAGGAACAUCUACCUUGUGUUGCUUUUAUAAGCAUGAUGAGGUGUCGGUGUUACAUGUGCUCCUUCAUUGCCAUUUUGUGUGGAAGUGGUGGGAGGGUGGUAAGUUUAAGAAGAAAGGGAAGGUGAUUUGGAGAUGUGUCCCUCUUGUAACCCUUUGGUCUCUAUGGAAGCUAAGAAAUGACUGUGUAUUCAACAAUGCAGAAGCUAAUGUAAAGAUUCUCUCUGAACUUGUUAAAUAUAGAGUGGCUCUUUGGCUCAGAACAGUAUAUUGGGAGUGGCAGUAUCCUAUAUGUGACUUUGUAUACAAUCUCAAUUAG